UCAUCAUGCGCCAUAUGCGUGUAGUGCAUGUGUGACCUUAGCAAUUUUCAGUAUCGAAGCUCUGAACUUCCGUAACGAAAUCUCAUGUUUUUGGUGCUUUUUGGCGGCGACUUCUUGGCUUUUUUUCAGGGAACUUCCGUUUUGAGGACUCCAGGAUGCCUUCGAUUGAUGCAAAGGUUGAGGAGCGGAAAAUAUUGGAUCAGAGAGCUACAAACGGAGUUGACUUGUCGAAGUUCGCAAAACAAGUUGGUACAACCAAUCCAGCAACAAUGCCUUGCAGCCCAUAUGACAAAUGCAGUCCUAAUAUACAAGAAUCGGUCCCUCCCGGAUAUUGCAUCAGCCCACCCUCCAAGAGUAAUGGAAUGAUGUACACUAAAUCAAUGCCAAUAGGUCCCAUCAUGGCACCUGUAGAAAGUCGGGCAGAAAAAUUGGAAAGCUCUCAGAAAAUGUCAGAGCCAGAAAAAGAUACCCAAGCCGGCAAAGGUGAGACUGAGAGACAAAAGCAAGAGAAGACGGCUUCCAAAUCGAAGCAGCCAAAACCACGAAGCUUUAGUUUACUAGAGAUGCGUUACAACAAGGAUCAGAAGGGCAAAGGUCACGGUCGUCUGGUCCAACAGAGAAGCGUGAAAAACUCCUACGAGAAAGAGAUGCAUAAGCUGAGUCACGCAGUGAGUGCUCCGGCUGCUAUCAGCGACGACAUGGAGCCUCCUGUGGAAGAUGAAGUCUUCACUGAAGAAAAGAAGACAGAUGGUGAGAAACAGCAAGGAGAUGACAUCACAAAUGUUCCAUCGGAUGAUGGGGGAUUGGAGAUUGCUCCUGAGCGAGAUGAGAAACAAAGUCUGGAGGCUCGUGGUCAUGAUGAACCAAAAGAAGAGACAAAAACAGAUAAGGCCGAGGAAAGUAGUCCAGGAAACAAAGAUGAGAAGGUAGAGCUGAUCAGAGAUGAGGAGAAGACGACCAAGGAGUCAACAGAAAAUCCUGAGAGCAGCGUCACAGAGAAGACUGACUCUGGUGAGAAGGAAAAGACGAGAAAGAUUGAAGCGGAGAAAGUCACUGAAGAUGAAAACGAAAAACCCAAGAUGGAGAAAACUGCCUCAGACAUCGAGGCUCUGACGCAAGACCUGCAAACCACUCUUCAUCUUGAAGACAGCGGUGACAAAGAAAAGAAGGAUGAUGAGAUUGAAUCCAAGGAGAAAGAAGUCUCAUCCCUAGCCGAUGACUUGCAGCAAAGUCUGUCUCUUCAGGAGAAGGGGGAGAAGAAGGCUGUGAUCAAGGAGGAAGGAGGUCGAAUCAGAUCAUCUGAGAGGGAGCGUCCUCGACUUCGAUCCAGGGGAAUCCAGAAACAAGGGGUCUACAGACCUGAUGUUAACAUGCCCACUGAUAACUUCUUCACACAGCAAGGGAUGCCUAGUCAGCAAACAUCCGCUUCCAUCAACUGGCCGAUGGGAUCUCAACAGCAACAGUCACUCCCUCCUGUCCAGUGUUUCUUGCAGCCACAGAUGGGACCAAGCGACCAGUCAAGCCAGAGCUUUGUUUGCCCCCCGGGGCAAAGUAAUAACAUGCGGAUGGUCUACGUGGGUCCCUCAGGUCAGCAAAUGUAUAGGUAUGGCGGUCAGUCGAUGCAGACACAGCACGCUCAAAACAUCUACAUUGGUAACGCAGCACAGCAACCCCAGCCUGGGUACCAGCAGAAUUUUCUACAUAGUGGUGGGCCUACAGCACCGUUCAUCCCGCCACAACGGAUGAACAUCCCCGGCGAAAGCACAGGGACACCAUCUGAGGUUGACUGGCCCCCUACACCUGAAUCCAGUGUCGACGACAUCUUGGAUAUCAUUGAGAGUGAUGCAGAGUCAGUCCGGUCACCAGUGGAAAGUGAGGAACCAAUGACUGGUACCCUGAUGGAUAUGAUCGGUGUUGCCUCUCCCCAGUCUUCGUGGGAUGAAAGCCAUGCCCCCAGUAUCUCCUCAAUCAGUCCUGUACCUUCUCCUUACGCAUCGGAUCACCAACAAUCAUCCCCAGCCCAGCUAGUACCUGAUCUCAACGGGCCUUGGUCACCGGACUCCAAUGUGAGUUCUCACGGUGAACCGCUCUCACCGAGCGGCUCUACUAUCAUCAAAGUAACAGGCCACAUGUCAUUAGGAACAGUCACUAUCUCUCCUAUGUCUCCACACUCGCCAUGCAAGCGGCAGCGGAAUGAUUCCAGCACUGAGUCCCGCGAAGCUCAAGAAAGAAUCUCAGACAUCAAGAAUUUCCUGCGGGAGAAACCUCACACCAGUCCACCAUACCUCGCCAACUGGCCUUCACCACCCCAAGUCCAGCCCUACUCGGCCGCCCUAACGCCCCCCUACACCCCAGCAGCAGCAUCUCAUGCACCUACUCAACCCUUCCAAACCCAGUAUGAUAGAGUGCCAGCCCCUCAGGCACCCAUCUACGCCCAGCCACACGCUCCUCGUGGAUACCAACAGCCACCAACACCUCCUGGGUACCAACAGCCACCAACACCUCCUGAGGGUGAACUGGAAGCCUUCCGCAAGCAUCUUGCUGGAUGGAGUGUGGAAGAACUCUUGUGCCCAGACGAAGACUUGGACACUGUUCUUCAUCUUGCCAUUUGCCAGGCGAAGAUUUCUCUGUCUUUGGCGAUCAUUGAGCGCAUCUGCAAACACAAACAAUGCCUGAAUGUUGUGAAUAAACUUCAACAGACGCCGCUGUAUCUGUCCGUGGUCUCAAAGCUUCCAGACCUAACGCAGAUCUUGAUCAACUACGGUGCAGAUCUGUUCAUCGGUAACAAGCAGGGUGACACACCGCUGCAUGCUGCGGCAAAAAACGGCAACAAUGAUGCCAUCAAGGCAAUUUGUGAAGGCAUCAACUGCUGCGGUUACUCUGAGGAAGUUGCCCGAGAACUCUUUGAUCUCACAAACUACGCAGGCAAGACAGCUUUAAUGCUGGCUGUGGAACACCAUGGCACCAUGAUUUCUGAAGGAGAUAUCAUCAAAAUCAUCAAUUGUAACGACACUGUCAGAAACCUGUUGCAAAGCUUCGCCUCUGCACUGCAAUCGGAUUCCAAAAGUGGAAAGACCGCCCUCCAUUAUGCUGUGGAGCUGCAUAAGAUCGACCUCAUCUACAUCUUAUUGGAUUACUGCGAUGAUCCAGGAAGUCUCGUCAACAAGCAGAUGUACGAUGGCAACACCGCGCUGCAUUUGAUCGUCGGCCGCAAUCGACCGGAGCAUGAGAUCAUAAACAUUGUCAAUCUCUUGAUGACGCGAGGGGCUAAUGUUGGUUUGGAGAAUGCCGCACGAGAGAAACCGUUAGAUCUUGUGCAUCGGGAACAUCUGGAGAUUAAAAGACGUCUCCAUGGACAAGGCAACCGCAAAAGAUGAAUUUCUGGAACAUGGUUACCAUGACAAUCACAAUGCAGGAUGUGCUGAUCGAGAACUACCAAGCAUUGGGAAAAUAUCAGGUAUGUUUGUACAGUGGACGACGGGAGGAAAUAGCGCCCUCUAUAGAUGCAGAGGAAAUUUAUCCAGAUUUGUAAUAAUAGCUUGGUAUGUAACAUUUUAAAAGCACUUACAGAUAUUUUUAAUUAGAGAAAUCAUUUACAUGGGAGAUGGAUUAAAAAAAAUUAUGGAUUUUAUAGGUUUUAAGUUUGACAUAAGUUCGUUGAGUUGACAAUUUGACUGAAGAUGAUCUUCUACCAUUAUAUUUUGUACAUGCGUUUUUUUAGUAUGAUCUGGCAAAUAAUUCGAAAAAUAAGACCUUCUUGAUAGUGUGAUUAUAAAAUAGAUUUUUUGGCUUUAUUGUAUGGCAUAUUACAAAACAGAGAGAGAACAAUUACAUUGUGUGCGCAGCACAUUUUAAAAUGACAAUGUAGUUUUGGGCUACUUUUGUUCUAUCUAGGUUAGUGUUUAGUGCCAUGGUACAAUUAACUGAUAAAAUAUCAAAAUAAUUUAACUUUUAUUUUUUAAAGGGUAAAAUAUUCUGACAAAUUGUACAUCAUUUCAGAGGAAGGGAAUUAACAUUUUUUAAUAAUAUGGACAUUUUCAGUCCAAGAUAUAGUAAAUAGUAAUCAUAUUACAAGGUAUUUGUAAAUAUCUUUUGAAAGCAUUACCACGGUUACACAUUCAUUAUUAAUCAACAUCCUUUGCCACCGUCUUUUUUUGGGGGGGGGGGGGGAAAUCCUCCUCCCCUAAAACAUUCCCAAACUGUGCCUGUAUUAUUUCAAAUAUUGAUUGUAAUGUACAAGUUUUGAAGUAAGCAAAAAAAGGUCGGGUAUUCUAAAAUAUCCCUAAAUAUAUCACAUCAUUAAUUGAUGUACUAAAUAACUUUUAUUUUCCAAAAAGUUUCUGAACCCCCCCCAUUAAAAACAAUGCAGUCUUCGGCCUUGCUUGCUAGUUUUUAAGUAUAUAUUUUGUGAUAUUUCAAAGAUUUGAUGAGGUUUUGUCAAAACUGGAUGGAGCACAAGACAUCUUUGUGUAUUGUUUUAAUUAAAGUAGAAAUUAAUACUAUAGUAAAAUAUAAUCUUGAAUGCGAUAUCUAUUUAAACGUUUGAAAUUGUAAACAAACUUUAAGGAUUAUUUAAUGAACUUCCGGAGUGCUAUUUUAUGUUUAACUUUUUGUACUCGGAUUAGUAAUUGGUUUACAUGAUAGUUUUUAAUGGAUUUUAACGCGCAAGUUGUUGGGCUUGGCUUCAAAUAAGCAGUUUAUGAAAAAUUUUAGGUUUUUUUGUUUCGGCAAGUUUGUGACAGAUACUGAGUGAAGCAACUUUAUGUUUGUAAAUAUGACCUGCUCAACUCGACCAAUCCUGUCAAUGACAGUCAUGGCUUUUAUAACACCUCAUACAUAUUCAUGAGCCAAAUGGGCUUCUUUGAUUGGUUGAUUUUCAAAUGCAUCUGAAUUUACAUGUGAAGUACCCCAAGACUGCUCCUAGACUCAUUCUCAACCACAACACUUGUGUUCUAUGUGAGGUUGCUAUUGGUACCAGACUCAAAUCUUCACACACACAAAACGAAGUUAUUCAUUCCGUGUGAAGGAUUUCUCUCAUAAUUUUUCAACUUCAAAUGAAACUAAACUUGUAAAUAUAUUUUGUUGAUUAAAUAUUUUGAAAAGUUCUUGUAAUGUUAACAGGAUUUAUUCUUAAA